AUGGCCGCCGCCGCCGCCGCGGCGGCCACGAGGAAGGACGGCGCCGACGCCCGCCCGCACCCGCAUCGCCUCCGGUCGCCCACCAGGGUCGCCGCGGACUUCGCCAUGGGCGGCGCGGCGGCGGUGGUGGCCAAGACGGGGGCGGCGCCGGUGGAGCGCGUCAAGCUGCUGCUGCAGAACCAGGCCGAGAUGCUGCGCCGGGGCGCCCUCAUGCGGCCCUACCGCGGGAUCGCCGACGCCUUCGCCCGCGUCCUCCGCGAGGAGGGCGCCGCCGCGCUCUGGCGUGGGAACCAGGCGAACGUCAUCCGGUACUUCCCCACCCAGGCCUGCAACUUUGCAUUCAAAGGCUACUUCAAGAGCUUCUUCGGCUAUGACAAGGAGAAAGACGGGAAAUGGAAAUGGCUAGCUGGAAAUGUAGCAUGUGGCAGUGCUGCAGGAGCCACAACAUCAUCCCUGCUAUACCAUCUGGAUUAUGCACGGACGCGGCUAGCCACUGACGCGAUUGAAUCCCGAGCUAACAAACGUCAGUUCAGGGGGUUGCUAGAUGUCUACAAGAAGACACUUUCAACUGAUGGCAUUCGUGGAUUGUACCGAGGCUUCAGUGUGUCUAUUGUGGGUAUCACUCUAUAUCGGGGUCUUUAUUUUGGCAUCUACGACACCAUGAAACCUAUUGUACUAGUAGGGCCACUGGAGGGAAAUUUCCUGGCCAGUUUUGCCUUGGGAUGGACAAUAACUACAUUCUCCGGGGCCUGCGCCUACCCAUUUGAUACACUCCGACGAAGAAUGAUGUUAACUUCAGGGCAGCCAUUCAAAUACAGGAGUGCCUUCCAUGCCGUAAAACAGAUAGUUUCCACCGAAGGGUUCUUCACUCUAUUCAGAGGGGUCGGUGCAAAUAUCCUCUCGGGAAUGGCAGGAGCUGGAGUUCUUGCUGGGUAUGACCAGCUCCAACGGUUUGCAGGCCAGCAUGAUUACAAAAUUGAGAACAAGAUGAAAGGGGCAUUGAAAUGA